CCCGACGGUCCCGCCUCCUCGCGCCCGCCGCGGGGAAGCUUUGAAAAAGUUCUCAGGUUGAGGAGCAUGGCUGCUAAGAAACUAAGAAGAGCACUGUUGUCUCAGGAGCUGUGUGAGAGGCUGAGUCGCUGUCAGAUCACUACCUGUCAGGACUUCUUAUGUCUUUCCCUCUUGGAGCUAAUGAAAGUGACGGGACAGAGCUACUAUGAGGUGCAGAAGCUUCUUUGUAAAGUCAGCCGAGCUUGUGCUCCCAAAAUGCAGACAGCUUAUGAAAUGAAACUAAGGAAGUCUGUCAGUCCCUCUUCAGCCUUUUUAUCCACCACGCUGCAUAGUUUGGAUAGAGUCUUGCAUGGUGGAGUACCUUGUGGGUCCCUCACAGAGAUAACUAGCCCACCAGGUUGUGGCAAAACUCAAUUUUGUAUUAUGCUGAGUGUUCUGGCUACACUGCCUCUAAGCAUGGGAGGACUAGAUGGGGCAGUUAUAUACAUUGACACAGAGUCUGCAUUCAGUGCUGAAAGGUUGAUUGAGAUAGCAGGAAACAGGUUCCCUACUUAUUUUGACUCAGAUGAAAAGGUGUUCUGCAUGACCCGUAGCAUUCACCUCUAUCGAGAACUGACCUGUUGCAGUGUAUUACAGAGGAUUAUGUCUUUGGAAGAAGAAAUUAUUUCAAAGAAAGUUAAACUCAUAAUAAUUGACUCUGUUGCUUCAGUUGUCAGAAAGGAGUUUGACACAAAACUUCAAGGCAAUCUGGCAGAGAGAAGUAACUUUUUGACUAAAGGAGCAUCAGUGUUGAAGUAUUUGGCAGAGGAGUUCUCAAUACCAGUUAUUUUGACAAAUCAGAUUACCACAUCGCUGAGCAAUGGCCCUGCGAUCCAGGCAGACCUGGUGUCUCCAGCUGAUGAUUUGUCCCUGUCUGAAGUCCUGCUGCCAAAUGGAGUGAAAACACUGAAGGAAUUAUCAAGUGAACUGAGGAGCCCCCAGAGAUCAGAGGCUGUUGGGGCUUCUGUAAGUGGGAAGAAGGAUUCUGGUUGUGUGACAGCAGCCCUUGGCAACACGUGGAGUCACAGCGUCAACACCAGGCUCAUACUACAAUAUCAUGACUUGCCAAAAAGACAGCUCCUGGUUGCUAAAUCGCCUGUUUCUCCAUUCUCCGCUUUUUUCUACACCAUUGAGAAAUCAGGCUUGGUUCUUCAGGGAUACGAUAACACUUCUCUUGCAAAAACUGUUUCAUUAACAGAAAGAUAA